AUGGCCAUCAACGCUAUCCGUCUUGUACGUGCGAAACCGCGCAUUUCAUUCGGAAACACAUCGUGUAACACCCCGUUGGCGAGAUCCUAUGCCAGCUCCGCCUCACAAUCAUCCAAAGUGAGCAACCCGGUUGCCAGCUCGCCAGAAUCUCAAGCCAUCAAUAAAUCUCGAGGCUUGGAAGGCCGGCAUUCCGACACGCCCGAUACACGCUCUACUCAGUCCCCAAUUUCCUCUUCAAACAAGACGGAACUAGGCAGCGAAUCUCACGAAGGUGAAGAACAAACGGCAUCCGAUGCACAAAUCAAGAAUGAUCCUAGCGAGUCGGCAGAGGCUAAAAGAAAGAACGUGGAGAAGGCUAGCCAGAAGCCUAUGGGGCCUGAGGAUCAUCAGUAG